AUGCAAACAACAAAAAACAAAAAGAAAAUUUGUUAAAUCCACAAAUUAAAGAUUAUAGCAGUCGAUUUGAAAUCCUAAACUGGGAUUGAUGAACAAUACUUAUGCGCAAGGUGCUUAACAGAAAAAGUUGAUAAUAAAAAUAUAAAAUUGCUCAAUGAUGCAACAGAAAUGAUUUAAAGCAUGAGAACACAAUCCUAAAAUGUUGAGAAGGAAGAAAAUUUACUAAGACUUAAUAUUUUUAAAUAAUUAUAAUCAUCUAUAAAGUCAUUUAAAAAUUACAUAAAGACAGAACUUGGAAAAAUGCAUAAUUUGAUUGAUCAAUAAAUAGAUUAGAUCCAAAAUGUAAUAGAAUCAAAGGAAAUAAAACAAGAAACUCAAAAUUAUGAUGAAGAUAUUUAAAUUCUUACAAAAAAUUAUAUCGGAAACUUUAGUUGUAAAAUACCAACAGAAACAACAUAAAGAGAUAAAGACUUGGCAUUUGUAUAAUUAAUCUAAGAUGCGCUUUAAUCUUUAUAACAAUCGUGGUAUUUUAGCUAGAUUAUUGAAUUAAUAGAUUAGAUUAAAUCCAAUAAACCAAUCAUCUAAUAAAUGAAUUUCACUAACAUACCUGCAGUUGAAUAACAUGUAAGAUGCAUUCUUUAAUUAGAAAACCCCUUGCCUCAAUUAUCUAUGCAAUAGACAUAAUAAGGAAAUAAUUAUGCUGAAUCUUAAAUAAAAAGAGCCAGAAUUUAGUAGGCUAGCGUGUGUAGAAUGUAUUGAAGAAAAUCCAAUCUAAUAUGUCAGUUUAAAAGAAGCAAAUAAAAUAUGGAAUUAAAUGAUGGUACAAUAAGAGGACUUAAUUUCUAAACACAAUUUACAAAGGAAAAUAAAAUUCAAUAUAGCUAUCUAAGAAAUCAAGCAAUUAAAAGACUAACUUAACGCUUAAUUAUAAUAAAUGUUGAUCUCAAUUGAUGAACAGUUAAUUAAGAAUAAAUAAGACAUUAAAGAUGUUAUUAAAUCAGAGAAUAAAUAAAUAUUUGAGUUCGAUGAAGAAUAAGUUGAAAAAAUGAUAGAGUUAUUAAGUUAAAACGAUUCAAAUAAACAUAUUUUUGAGUAAAAAGUGAGACAAGAUAAUCUUGAUUAUUUAUUUUAUCAGAAAUUAGAAUAAGAAUUAGCGAAUAUAAUAAAUUAUGAUUUGUUUUAGAAAUAAUAGCUAGUAAAAAUUUUCGAAGUAGAAUUAGGUAUUAAUUUCUAUUAUCAAAUUAAGAUACCGUAGAUAUAAUAAACAACAUAUCACCGAAAAAAAUUUAAAUUGAUUAUUCUGAAUUUUCAAAUUCAUUUAAAUAAAUUGAGGUUCCCUCUUUUUAGAAUAACUUGAGUGCAUUCACUCAAUAAAAUACAGAGGAAAUAGAUGAAAUCCUUACAGAGAAUCUUAACGAAAGCACAUAAUAGGAUGAAGAGAUGAUGAAGAUACAAACACUUAGCAUUAUUUCAAAUAAUUUUAUUAGGUCGAGAUAGUAGGAUUUUCAAGAAUGCAAAAUAUGCUAUAAAAAUUAUAAUUUAUUUUCAGAUGAAGCCAUUAUCACUCCUUGUUGCUAUGUUAAGGCUCAUUCUUUUUGUUUUUAACAGAAUUUAAAUGUCUAAGCAUAGGAAAGCUUUAAUUUUUCUGGAAUUAAUUGUUAUAUUUGCCAGAAACCGCUAAAAAAUUAUAAAGAGUAUCUAAAACGAAAUAUUUCUCCUUAAAUUUAUAUUGAAGUAAUAAAAAGGGAAGUUUUAAAGAGUAUAUCUUUGAGAUGCUAUAAAUGUUAAUAACCGAUUAAAGCAGGCUAAAACAACUAAUAGCUCUUGAUACUAUGCUUAAACUGCAACACAAAAAUUUGUAAUCUUUGUUAAUAAGAGUAUCACGGUCAACUCUAACAAGUAGAUUUGUAUUUUAAUUAGAAUGAAUAAUGCCCAAGCAUUUUAAUUGAGAUUCGGAAAGCACUUUGGGAUGCUCCAUGUAUGGUUUGUCCAAUCUGUUCGUUAUUUCAAACUUAUGAUAAUAAAUCGAAUCAUGUAUCGUGUUUUGCUUGCAGGUCAUGUCUCUGUGGAGAUUGCUCUGUUGAUAGAUAACCAAUAUUGGGUCAUGGCAAUCAUUACCAUAGAGUGGAUUGUCCAAGUUAUUAACCAUGGAUAAAAAAUGGCAAAGUAAUUUUAGAUCCAGAAUUUGAUAGAAGAAAUUGUGAUAAUUGCAAAAAAAGCGGGAAACCAUGUUUGUAUCCAAUAAGUUUGUAAGAGUACAAAAAGUUAAAACACUAUUGA